AUGAAGCCCACUAUUGCAAUCAUCUCAAUAGGUGAGAUGGGUCUUGGGGUGGCACGGUUGCUGAAAUUUCAUGGUUAUCGCGUUGUAACGAAUGUUAGUGACAGAAGUGAGGCAACCAGAGAACGUACAAAGACACAUUCUAUAGAGACGUUGCCAAAUGACCUGGAAAUUGUUGAGCAAGCCGACUACGUGUUAUCGGUUGUCCCACCACGGGAUGCUCUUAACACGGCAAAGCGGAUACAGGCAGCUGUCGAGGCGUCCCCAAAUGUAGGAUCCAAUGGCAGGACCAUAGAGUUCCUAGACCUCAAUGCAGUCUCCCCGCAAUCGGCGCGCCUCAUUGCGGCUGUUUUCGACAAUACGACAGGCGUUCGCUUCGUUGACGGUGUUAUCAGUGGGGGAGUUCCACACGAAAAGUCGUCAUUAGAUGGAACAGAAUGGCAUUGUCCCACACUCCUGUUGUGUGGCCCGAACAGGGUUUCGGAUCCAGAUCUGACCAGAAUCUUAAACAUGGAGCAUAUGAGCGAGAAGAUUGGGGCAGCAACCGCGGUAAAGAUGUGUUUCGGCAUGACAACCAAGGGCUUCAUUGCUCUUGCGAUUCAGUCUUUCACGACGGCCCACCGAUUGGGGGUCCUUGAUGAGUUGCAAGACUUUUUAGGGAGAUACAAGCCAGCAACCUUGAAAGCGGCCCAGGAUGGAUUGGUGAGGAUGCCACACACAGCAUACCGGUGGUACUUUGAGAUGCUCGAAAUGAGCGAAACAGCUGCAGAAUACGGCGGAUUUGAUAAGACUCUUUUCGAAGGCGUGGCCGAAUGCUAUAGGCUGGUCAGCGAAGACACCAUAUUGGGAAGUGAGCUCCCCGAUGCAAGGGUUCGUGGAAAGACUGUUGAGGAUGUGGUGGCACUGAUCAGUGAAGGAAUCGAUGCAAAGAAAAGCGGGCAGUCUACCAGCUCAGUGUGA